CGUGGCUCUGCAGUGGCGGCUACGGUGGUGGUGGUGGUAGUCGCUUUGGCUCUCUCUCUGUCUGUCUCUCUCUCUCGUCAUCUCUCUCGUCAUCUCUCUCUUCCCUUCACUCGCCGCUCGCUCUCAUCGGCACCGGUUUCCCCCCCCACCCACCCACCACCACUCACGCACGCACGCAACCUCCCCUCUCGCCAUGGCGGAGGGUGACAAGAUCCGCGUGACGGUGAAGACGCCCAAGGAUAAGGAGGACUUCGUGAUCGCAGCCUCGUCCACCGUGAAGGAGUUCAAGGAGGAGAUCUCGAAGCGAUUCAAGGCUCAGCCCGAUCAGCUGGUGCUCAUCUUCGCGGGGAAGAUCCUCAAGGAUCCGGACUCGCUGAGCCAGAACGGCGUGAAGGACGGUCUCACAGUUCACCUGGUCAUCAAGACGCAGGGCAGAUCACAGGAGCCGGCGUCACAGCCGGCGGCGACCUCCUCGGGCGCCAGCACCACACCCACCUCCACAGGCUCCAGCAGCAGCAGCAGCAGCAGCACCACCGCACCACCCCCCACACAGCCGCUUCCCGGCCUGCCGCCAUUCUUCCUCGGGGGGAACCUCGGUGGUCUCGCCAGCCUCAGUAACCUCGGCGUCGGCUCUUCCAACUUCAUGGAGAUGCAGCAGCAGAUGCAGCGCCAGCUCAUGUCCAACCCCGAGCUGCUCAGCCAGGUCAUGGAGAACCCCUUUGUGCAGACGAUGAUCAGCAACCCGGAGAUGAUGAGGCAGCUCAUCAUGACCAACCCACAGAUGCAGCAGCUAAUGGAGCGCAACCCCGAGAUCACGCACAUGCUCAACAACCCCGAGCUGCUGCGGCAGACGAUGGAACUGGCGCGCAACCCGGCCAUGAUGCAGGAAAUGAUGCGAAACCAGGACCGCGCGCUCAGCAACCUGGAAAGCAUCCCCGGCGGGUACAACGCGCUGCGCCGUAUGUACACCGACAUCCAGGAGCCCAUGCUGAGCGCCGCGCAGGAGCAGUUCGGAGGGAACCCGUUCGCCUCGCUGCUCAGCGGCCCCGGCGGCAACGCGGGCUCGGGAGGAACGGGAGGCACGGCGCCAGGCGGCGGCAACGCCGAGGGGCAACCGUCGCGCACGGAGAACCGCGAGCCGCUGCCCAACCCGUGGGGGCCGGCGCUGUCGCCACGGCCCGGCUCCGCCUCGCCCGCCUCGCCGCUCCUCCAGCAGCAGACGCCCGGCGCGACGCCCAGCGUCUCCAACCCGCUGGGCAUCCAUCCCGCGAUGCUGGUGAUCCCAGGAGGCGUGAUGAGGCAGGUUGCGGCGAACCCCCAGCUCAUGCAGAACAUGAUGUCGGCGCCGUACAUGCCCGCGAUGCUACAGGCGCUCGCCCUGAACCCCUCGCUCGCUGAGCAGGUGUUCCUAACGAGCCCCAUCUUCGAAGGGAACCCGCAACUCAGAGAGCACAUGAGGACGCAGCUCCCCGUGUUCCUACAGCAGAUGCAGAACCCGGACGUGAUGUCGGCCAUCGCGAACCCGCGCGCCAUGAUGGCGCUCAUGCAGAUCCAGCAGGGGCUGCAGGUCCUCGCCAACGAGGUUCCAGGCCUCAUGCCGGGGCUGGUGCCGGGCAGCUUUGACGGCGUCGGGGGGGCGGCACUCUCCGUCCCGGGGGGCGGUGCCCAGCCAGAGUCGGCGGCAGCGCCGGCGAGCGGGACAGCGACAGACGGAGGCACGGCCACGACCACCGCCGCCGGGGGAACGGCGGGCGGAACGUUGGGGGGCAGCGGAACGUUGGGGGGGGGAGGCACGGGCGGCGUUGGAACGGCGGCGGCGGGCCUGGGCUUGGGGCAGGCUCCCACUCCGGCGCAGCAGGAGUUCAUGCAGCAGAUGCUGCAGGCACUUGCGGGGAUGAGCAGCAGCUCGCAGCCACUCGGGGGUGCCAUCGUGAGCCCCGAGGUGCGGUUCCGCUCGCAGCUGGACCAACUGCAGGCCAUGGGCUUCGUGAACCGGGACGCGAACCUGCAGGCGCUGAUAGCGACGGGCGGAGAUAUCAACGCCGCCAUAGAGCGGCUCCUGGGCUCCUAGCCCCUCCCCUCUCCCCCCCCCUCCCCCCACGGGCUCUGCCCACUGCCCCACAGGGCGCCCCCCCCCACCGCCCCCCCCCCCCCCCCCCCCGCUCAGCACCCAGUUGACAACACACGGGAGGGGGGUUAUAUUUGUUUCUCUCUCAUUCGUUUAGUCUUGGCCUUAUCAUUAUUUUUUUUGGUUUUAUUUAAAAAAACACAUGUGCCGCCACUCAUUAUCAGGGCUUGCUCCGCCGACCGCUGUAUCGCAACACCAGCCACGUACAUUUCAUCCAGUCAUUAAACCACCGUGUCCCGGCCACUUAUUAAAUAGAGAGAAAAGUAAAAAAAAAACAAGCAAGCAGUCGUACAUCAAUGGGGGGGGGGGGGGGGGGAGGAAGUGGGGGGAGG